AUGGGAACUAUAUCAAUAACUGACUUUGAGGAUGUCAAAAUACCCGUGCCUUGGGGUCACAUCUCGGGUCGUUGGUAUGGCAAUAGGAAGGAGCGACCCAUUCUGGCGCUACACGGAUGGCUGGACAACUUGGGAACCUUCGAUCGAUUGAUUCCCCUGCUCCCUGAUUAUAUAGGAAUCCUAUGCAUCGAUUUCCCAGGACAUGGAAGGUCCUCGCACAUACAACACGGAUUGUUUUAUAGCGAUUAUGUUACUGUAAUUCCAAUUGUGAUGAAGGAAUACGGAUGGACAAAGGUCUCCCUUAUGGGUCACUCCAUGGGCGGCUUCCAGUGCUUCAUGUACGCGUCCAUUAACCCUCAAGCCGUAGACAUGAUCAUUACCCUGGACAUUUUGCUGCCGUUGAAAAAUAAAAUCGAAAAUAUGGCAAUGAAAUUCGAAAAGCAGCUUGUGGAAAUCGAGCGACAAAAUUAUGGAAAUUAUAGGGAACCACCUUCAUACACAUUCGCUCAACUGGAAAAAACGAUGGCCAAGCGAAGGUUUAAGUCCGAGUUCCCUGAGCUGGCCAAGCACCUUCUUCAUCGUCAGCUGUCCAGGUCGAAACUUUAUCCCGAGAAAUUCUACUUUUCUAGGGACGCACGGAUAAUGAACUAUCACUUUUUGGACGUCGACGACGGUCUAGCCAUGGAGAUGGCGAGGCAAGUGAAGGGGAAGCCCUUUCUAAUUAUCAAGGGUUCACGGUCACCAUAUCUUUCACAAAGGAGUUUCGAGGCAAUCGGCAUUAUGGCCGAAGAUAAUCCGCAUUUCGAGCUCUACGAGGUGGAAGGCGGCACCCAUUACGUUCAUCUCCAUGCUGCCGAGGAGUGUGCCCGGUACAUAGUUCCCUUUAUUCGACAUCAUCGACCUCCUAUCCUAACAUCUUGGUCUUUGGCUGGAAAGGAAGCGGAAGUAAGCCGAACAGAGAGACACAGGGAACCGAAGGAAUAUCCAACGAGGAGCAGUAAUAAUCGAAGCAAACUGUGA